UUAAUACAUAUAAAAUAUCUUUUAAAUAGAAUAAUCUUUGAUGAUAUUUUUUAUAUUAUAUAAAAUUUAAAAUGUUAAUAAAUAAGUAAGCAGCCUUAUUCUUGUACUUUUGAAUCUUCACUUCCCCAAUCCCCAUUGUCUGCGAGCGAAAAGGACAUGGAAAUGGGGAUUAGCUAACUUAUCCCUUUCCCUCUCCCAAUGUUCCGCGUCAAAACCUCUGUGUAAGUUUCCCCUCACCGUAAUUAUGCGCUUUCUCUCUCUCCUCCCCCCCUCCUCUCCCUCGCCUCUCGGUCUCUUCUAUAAAUGCUGCCGGCGCUUUGUUUUUUAAAAGAGAGAAAAUAAGCGAAAUGCAGGAGACGAUCAGAUACCUACUUGGCCGUGCCGGCGCCAGUGGCUACGGUUCCAAAUCGACGGCUGAGGACGUCACCAAGACCUCGCCGGACCUCCACGCCAUCACCGCCAUCAUCACUGGAGCGACGUCGGGGAUCGGGGAGGAAACGGCCCGCGUCUUGGCGAUGCGCGGGGCUAGGUUAGUGCUGCCGGCGCGGAAUCUCAAGGCGGCGCUGGAGACCAAGUCACGUAUCGCCGGCGAAUUGCCGGAAUCAGAGAUAAUCGUGCUCCCCUUAGACCUCAGCUCUCUUUCAUCCGUACGAUCCUUCGUCUCUCGUUUCCUCGGUCUCCAUCUUCCCCUCAAUCUCCUCAUAAACAACGCGGGAAAAUUUUCUCACAACUUCGAGUUAUCGGAGGACGGGAUCGAGAUAACCUUCGCUACCAACUAUCUCGGACACUUCCUGCUCACGAAGCUCCUGAUAGAGAAAAUGGUGGAGACGGCGUCGACUACAGGGAUCGAAGGACGUAUCGUUAACGUCUCCUCCGGCAUCUACACCUGGUUUUCGGGAGAUGGCCUCCUUUAUCUUGAUCUUGUCACUCGAAAGAAGAUAGAGUACGACGCAACUCGCACAUACGCGCUCUCCAAGCUAGCUAACGUGCUUCAUACCAUUGAACUUGCAGAGAAGCUCGAGGAAAUGGGCGCGAAUGUUAUAGCUAAUUGCGUUCAUCCCGGAAUCGUACGAACUCGCCUCACCCGUGAUCGAGAGGGAUUUCUCACAGAUCUGGUGUUCGCCAUGGCGUCCAAGCUUCUGAAGACGAUUCCUCAGGCGGCCGCAACGACGUGCUACGUGGCAGUGCACCCGGCAGUGGCCGGAGUGACGGGGAAGUACUUUGUGGACUGCAAUGAGGCUUCGCCGUCCGAUGAGGUGGUGAGCAUGAAGGAGGCAGCGCGGUUCUGGUCGGCGUCCGAGGAGAUGACGAUGGAGAAUACGUCGAAGGAGAAGGAUAAGGCUAUGUGAGGCGGAUUUGGUAUAAAAAUACAAGUAAAUGGCUAACAAAAACGCCAUCAGAAAAUGAUUCAAAAAACAUAAGUGGAUCAGUGGACUGGUAGAAGGGGAAAUUUGUAAAGGCGGAGUACUUU